CUUUGUUAGCAUUAUCUAUAGCGAUUCAUUUCAUAUCUCCAUUGUGAUUACGCUGGUCGUCGUCACGAAUACAUAUACACCACAUCCUGCACCUGCAGAUGACCUUGAUCGUCGCUCAUCACUCCAAAACAACAAUACAGACAUAGGCGAAGACGCUGUUUACGAUCAUCAACAUGUCGGACGAAAAGCGAAGUGAUAUUAUUGCCCCUAUUCAGAGCAGCACCGACAGCGUCAACGUUGUCGAGAAGGUCGAGGACGAUGGCGAGAUUUUCAAGAGAACCGAAGGCGCUGUCGACUUUCGAACAGUGCAUUGGAUUCAUACAUCGGUCAUCUUCUUGAAGCUUAUCUUCGCGACCGGUGUAUUGACAAUUCCUUCGGCUAUGUACACUCUUGGAGCACUUCCUGGCGCAAUCAAUGUUCUGGGAUGGCAAUUCUUGAACACGUAUUGUGCCCUUAUCCAAGGACAAUUCCGUAACAGGCACGCCGGUUGCCACAGUAUCGCCGAUAUGGGCAAUCUCGUUGGUGGCAAAAUAGUUAGGGAGAUCACUGGAGUUCUCUUCCUUGUCGCAUUUAUCAUCGUUGCCGCUUCCGGUAUUGUUGGUGUUUCCACAGCAUUGAACGCGCUCUCCAACCACUCCCUCUGCACAAACUACUUCUCCAUCAUCGCCGCUCUUAUGGUCGGCUUUUUCGCCAGUAUCCGAAAGUUUGAGAAGAUUGCCUGGGUCACUUGGGCGGGUUUUAUCUCCGUCUUCGUUGCCGUCUUCAUUGUCGUUGUUGGAGUAACUCAGCUCGACCGUCCCGCUGCUGCUCCCCAGACUGGGGACUUCGAAUUCGGCUACCAUGUCAUCGGAAACCCUACAUUCGCAGCUGGUAUCACGGCCGCGUCGACGAUUUUCUGCUCUGGUGCAGGUACCUCGGCCUUCUUGCCGGUCAUGUCGGAAAUGCGCAACCCGCGGGAAUACAGCAAGGCUGUCAACUGGUGCAUGGGCCUGGUCACGGCCGCCUAUCUCUCCUUCAGUCUAGUCGUCUACAAGUACUGCGGCCAAUGGGUUGCAUCUCCGUCUCUUGGUAGCGCUGGCCCCGUCGUCAAGAAGGUCGCAUACGGUGUUGGUAUCAUUGGCCUCUGCGUCAGUGGAGCGCUUUACGUCCACGUCAGCGCGAAGUACGUGUUCGUCCGUAUCCUUAGGAACUCCAAGCAUCUCCAGGCCAACUCGGUGGUCCACUGGGGAGUGUGGAUGGGCUGCAUCGUUAGCAUGACUGUCAUCAGCUUCCUCAUCGCUUCCGGUGUCCCGAUCUUCAACUACCUCCUCAGUCUUGCGGGUAGCGUCGCCUUUGCCCCUCUCGCGCUCGGUCUCCCAGGAUGGCUCUGGAUCUAUGACCAUGCCGAUUACUACAAGGGUACCUGGUGGCAGAAGAUCCUGUACGGGCUGCAUGUUCUCUUGAUCCUGCUUUCUGUUUUCCUUACUAUUGGAGGCACAUACGGUGUUAUCGUGCAGAUCAUCGAUGCCUACCGCGAUGGCACCAUCGCCUCGGCUUUCUCAUGCGCUGAUAACAGCAACUCGUCGUAGAUUAUCAGGUUGAAGCGAUGCAAUAUGUAAUAAGUGAUUCGGUAUCGGCCGCUCGGUAUACAGUUCAUAGAUUUUCAGGUUGAAAG